UUCUGUGCGGGAGAAUCGCGAGCGGAGACCGUCGCCACUUGUCAACAAAUCAAACACCUCGGAUUCAAGGGAGUCUUACUCACCUUUGCCAAAGAAACUGUUUUCGACCACCGCACCUGCACGGAACACAGUGUCGGUGAAGCAGCGCUCGAUGCCCAAGAGAAAUUUGUUCCUCUGGACCCUAAGGUGGCCCAGAACGCUGACAUCGAGACGUGGCAUCGAGGCACGCUCGAGACUAUCGACCUGCUCGANUUGACCGGUGCUGGGCCAGCCGUCACAAAAGCUUUCGCAGACCGGAGUACUUUACCGAAGCAGAUGCUCGAUGCUCUCGAUGACAUCGCAACUAAAUGCCAGCGCCGCAACAUACGUAUACUCGUGGAUGCAGAAUCUCAACGAUUCCAGUGGGGCAUAAUGGACGCAACAAUCGACCUGAUGCGAAAGUUCAAUCGAGAUGGACGGGCGCUCGUGUACAACACGUAUCAAGCCUACCUGAAGAGUACCCCUGCAACCUUGGAGAAGCACCUCACUUUGGCCAGCAACGAAGGCUUCACACUUGGUCUCAAGCUUGUGAGGGGUGCUUACAUCAACUCGGAUGAGCGAUCGCUUAUUCACGACACCAAACAAGACACGGACAACGCAUACAACAGCAUCGCUCAAGGAGCACUGAGCCAGCAGCUGGGAUCGUUUGGCUCCAAAAGUAAUCGAUCAUUCCCAUCUGUCAAUCUGUUCUUGGCCAGCCACAACAAGCAAAGUGUCUUCUCUGCCCAUGAGAUGCACCAGAGACGCUUGAAAGCUGCCAUGCCAACCGUGCCUGUCGGUUAUGCACAGUUGCAGGGAAUGUCUGACCAAGUCAGCUUCGGACUGCUCAACUUGAGGGACAACGAUGGCUCCCCACCCGAGGUAUUCAAAUGCUCAACUUGGGGAACCAUGAGCGAGUGUUUGGCUUAUCUGCUUCGAAGAGCGGUUGAGAACCAGGAUGCGGUGUCGAGAACUGGGGACGAGCUGCAAGCUUUGAGAGCAGAGUCAUGGAAAAGGAUGAAGGCUAUCUUUGUUUUUCCCACCACCAAAUAUUGA